UGACUGUGCUGCUUCAUCAAGACUUCAAAAAUAUGGCUACAAAGCAAUCUAUAAAACUAUAUGAAGUUGUGGCGGCAGUAGAGCAUGAGGUUAGCUGUCCGGUUUGUUUAGAGGAAUUUCUAGAGCCAAAAUGUUUGCCAAAUUGUGCUCACAAUGUUUGUCAGGAAUGUUUAGAGGAGAUGACAUGUAAAAAUUCAACCAUGACAAGUAUCGAAUGCCCAGUUUGCCGAGUGGAGUCCUUCAUUCCAACCGCUGGAGUUUCAGCGUUUCCGAAGAACCAUCUGCUGGCUCGACUGAUUGAAAAAAAUCCCUCUAGAAAGGCCUAUGAUAAUGAAUUUAUCAAGGAAGCUUUGAAAAGAAGUAGGGAAAAUCUUGAAGGACUAAAGAACGCAAUACAAGAAAUGGACGUCCGCCGAAACUCAAUAAAGAAACAAGCAGAAAAUGUGAAAAAGGAAAUCCAAACUGCAGCAAAUCAUGUUAUUGACAUAAUUCGUGAUCAGGAACAGCAAUUACUUCUUGAAGUUGAUCAGUACAUGAAUAACAAUUACCCCGAAACUACCUUCGACAAACAAAAGGAAAAACUAAAUAAUCUGCUAGCAAAGACCUCCAGCUGUGUUGAAAGCGUCGAGAAGAAGAAAGACGGAGAUAAACGUGGUUUGAGACAGGUGCAGCAUUUAGAAGAGCUCGCUAAAGUUGCUGGUAUUCAAAUUCUUUCAGCAAGGCGAAAAUGUUUUCGAAAAUUCGAACUUACCUUUACGAAGAGCGACUUCUCUUUAGAUAACGCAGAAUCUAUAUUUGGAGAUCUGAGCGUGAAAAGCGCAGAGGUCGAUAGCGACAAACAUUCACUAGCUGGCCUCAACGAAAGUUUUAGCGACGAAAAAGUCUUAAAACAUAUCGAUGGAGGCAGCAUUAAGGUCCCUAACUUCUUUCCGUUUGCGGUGACGGUGUCAAAGAAAUGCGGAGACAUAGCAGUAUUGGAUGCUGAAAACAAACGCGUGCAUAUUUUUGAUCGAGAGGGAAAUCACCUCACUCAGUUUCUUUUCAUAUUUGGCGACUUUUGGGACAUUACAUACUCGCACAACGAUGAAAUUGUGGUUUUAAACAGAGAAACUAAUUCAUUGUUGCAUUACGACCGAAGUGGAAAUCUGAAGCGCAAGUUCCCAACGACUCCCAUCCCAAAAGUAAAGUUCACUUUUCUGUCGCACGAUUCAUCUGGGCGUUUGUUUGUGACGUCAAGUCCGAGAUACCAAGAGCUCACCUCCGAAACGAAUUCCUGCGUUCUGGUUUAUAAUGUUAAUGGAAAAUUAGAAUCCGUGUUCGGUGAAGGGAAGUUGUCUUCCCCAAAAAAGGCGGUGCUCCUCAACGGAGAAUUAUUUGUGCCUGACGCAGACAGCAAGAGUGUCAAAGUCUUCAGCCUUCAAGGAGAAUUUCGUCGAGAAAUUGGAAAGGGCAUGCUUGAAGAUCUCGCGGGUAUUGCAGUUGAUUCUGAGAAUGGUCGAAUUUUGGUUUGUGAUUGUGAAGGCUACGCUGUACAUGUUUAUAGCAAAGAGGGAACAUUGGUAAGAACUAUUAGAACAGCAGCUCCACCGGUAGAAAUCGCGUUGUCUAAGGACGGAAAAAAAUUAGUGGUUUGUUUUGACGGGGAUAAGGCAAAAUGUCUACAGAUUCUGUCGUACAGUGAGGCAGUGUUACACACCACCUGAAGUGUGGGAACAACAUCGCUGUAGUAGCAAAGAAAAAUCGAUUGGCAAUUUUAAUUGACUUGUAAAGUAGUGAAACUUUUGAAGUCGUAGGGUUUAAGAGAUGUUACUGUAGUCUUACACAUUGAACUGAAGACCCUUUUCAAAUCAGUAAUGAAAGGAGUAGUUGUGAAAUGAGAGUUCUGGGAUAAGGUAAUUACCGAAAAAAGGAUGGGAAGGGAUCCGGGACAAGCCCGGACCACUUUUUCAUACUGACCCUUUAACUUCUACCAGAACUCUCAUUUUACAACUACUGAGACACUUUUUAUAUUUCUCCUUAUUUAAACUAACAUGUCAUACUUUUUAAACAUAUUAACUUGUCAAUCUUCAGUAUCCCAUCAUCCCCAAUAAAUUCAAUCGUUCGACAGGAUCAACAUCAUUAUUGUUUCUUCUUAUGAAGAAGUCGUGGUGGUGUGCCUUGAUUUGUUCUUCUGUCAAAAGUGUGUCUUUGCAAAUUAGAAAAGUAUGGCAGUCUGAGUUUAAACCCUCAUUAAACCCAUUGAACCCUCUCCAUGUUGUUUUAAAAGUUCCCCCAUAUAUUAUGAGGAAUUCCCCUUACACUAAAGUCGAGAGGCUUUUUCCCAUUA